AUGAAUCCUGGAUAUGGCGCCCCGGAGCAUGAGAGAUCUCCCUCUGCGGGAAGCUUAGGUGCAAGAAACGUGCGGCCUUACCAUCCCCCGAGCGAUCCAGACGUUCACGAUACUUACGGCGAUGGGCCACAUGGUCCGGAAUACGACUAUGAUGAACAUCAGCCAUAUGAUCCAAUUGGCAAUCUACCAUAUGAUAGACCACACGAUCCAUACGAUCAACCCCAUCACGAUGGGUAUGCGUUCGAUCCCGAGGAACAUGCUCGAAUUUCGUACCACGAACCAUAUCAAACCGCUCCACAAGAUAUUCCACUUCUCGAGAGGCAUAGUCCACAACCGCUAUACGAUCACCCGGGCGGGAACGACAGCUCAGCUGCACUUCAUACCCGACCGAGCCUGGUUGGACACAGUACUGGACUGAGUCUUGCUUCUGGAGUUUCCGGGUUGUCCGGGAAUGUAUCUACAGAUCAAAUACCGCAAGCGAAGGUUGGAAAUUUGGUUUACGAUUGUCCUGUGCCCCCAAAAUUACUCUCAGGGUGCAAGCAUAUCGCAUCUGGAGGACGUGAUGAAUUUACACAUAUGCGGUAUACCGCUGCAACAUGCGAUCCCGCAGAUUUCACGGGCGAAAGGUUUACACUCCGGCAGCAAUUGUUUGGCAAGCCAAGAAGGACCGAGUUGCUAAUUGUAGUAACAAUGUACAAUGAGGAGGACGACCUUUUUGCAAGAACCAUGUCAGGAGUCUUCCAGAAUAUCGAAUAUAUGUGUUCUAUGAAGGGCCAGCACAAUGGAUUAUGGGGCAAAGAUGGGUGGAAAAAUAUCGUGGUGUGCGUUAUAAGUGACGGACGUGCCAAGAUAAACCCUAGAACUCGUGCGGUUCUGACAGCUCUAGGAGCGUACCAGCAUGGAGUUGCCAGACAAAAGGUCAACGACAAGAAGGUUACGGCACAUAUUUACGAAUACACUACUAAAGUGGGUAUUCAAAUCAAGAGAGGGGUCGUAGAAACUAGGCCUGGUAUGGAAGUACCAGUACAGUUGCUAUUCUGUCUGAAGGAAGAAAACCAGAAGAAGAUCAAUUCCCACAGAUGGGCCAUUCAAGCCUUUGGAGAAGCUCUUCAGCCAAGUGUGGUAUGCUUGCUUGAUGCCGGGACUAGACCAGGAAAGGAUUCGAUUUAUCAGCUCUGGCGAGCAUUUGAGUUGAACCCUAAAUGUGCCGGAGCAUGUGGGGAAAUCAAAGCUAUGCUCGAUGGAGGCAAGAAAUUGCUGAACCCUCUGGUUGCAACACAGAAUUUUGAGUACAAAAUGAGCAAUAUCUUGGAUAAGCCUAUGGAAUCAGCCUUUGGCUUCAUUUCUGUACUUCCUGGAGCCUUUUCAGCCUACCGAUUUAUUGCCCUUCAAAAUGACAAGAAAGGGGAAGGUCCACUGGAGAAGUACUUCGACGGUGAAAAACAUCACCUGGACGCUGGAAUUUUCACGAAAAACAUGUACCUGGCCGAAGACAGAAUUUUGUGCUUCGAAUUGGUCGCCAAGCGGAACUCUUCCUGGGUGCUUACCUACGUCUCGUCGGCCACUGGCGAGACUGACGUUCCUGAGCAGAUGGUAGAGCUUAUCAAACAACGUCGUCGCUGGCUAAACGGAUCAUUUUUUGCUGCUGUUUACGCUCUUGUCCAUUUCUACCAGAUAUUCAGGAGUUCUCACUCGAUGCUUCGAAAGAUGAUGUUCCUAAUCGAGUUCGCUUAUCAAGCCAUUAGUAUGCUCUUCUCAUGGUUUGCAGUGGGCAAUUUCUUUCUUGUGUUUCGGAUUCUCACGGUCGCUCUUUCCGCGGACAAUCUCCUUGGAAAGGCAGGGUCUUAUUUAUCAAUUAUUACGGAGUGGGUUUAUUUGGGCUCCCUUGUAACAUGUUUUGUGCUUUCACUUGGGAAUACACCUGAUGGAUCGAGGAGGUUUUAUAUGACUAUGGUGUACACUUGGGGUGUAAUAAUGCUGUACAAUACCUCUCCACAACUGAAUAACUCAGCUAAUCUUGAUAGGUACUUGCUCUUUGCAUCCGUCUUCAUCACAGUUCGGUCGAUUCAGGCAGAACUCGAUCCAGCAGAUCCCACGCCAUUCAAGCUAUCAGACCUCGUCCAGAAUUCCAUCUUCUUCACACUCAUAGUUUCCUUGUUAUCUACUUACGUACUCUGGAUCUUCAUUUCCAUAGUCUUCCUAGACCCUUGGCACAUUGUCACAUCAUCACUUCAAUACAUGCUCCUCACACCCACCUACACAAACGUAAUCAACGUCUACGCAUUCUGCAACACUCACGACGUAACCUGGGGUACCAAAGGCGACGACAAACCACCUCCCCUUGCCAACGCCAAAGUCAACACCAAAACCGGUGAAAAAACAGAAGAGCCAGGACUCGACAACACCGACCUCGACAUCCUUUACACAUCCGCACUCACUGAAUUCUCCGCUCUCGAGGUCAAAGUCGAAUCCAAACCCAGCGCUCGCGACGUCGAAGAAGGCUACAACAAGGCAUUCCGAAGCUACGUCGUGCUGGUCUGGAUGUUCUGUAAUGCCGGCUUGGUGGCCGUGGUAUUGAAUGUAGGCGGUUUGAAUCGCUUGAGCAUUGAUAAGGGACAGAAUCAUGAGGCGAAUAUUGAGAAGACUUAUUUGAUGGUUAUUUUGUGGAGUGUGGCGGGUUUGAGUGGGUUUAAGUUUGUGGGGGCGAUGUGGUAUCGGAUUCAUAGGGUUUUUGUGCAUUAG